AUGUCUUCGUAUUCUCUCGACGCCUGGCUACAGUAUUUCAACGUCAUUGCGCCGAACGUGUCCAACCAAACAUACGACUCGAAAACGAUAGGCAGCAUCAUGAAUCACCAGGACUUGAAGACGAUGGUGCCGCAGCCCAAGGCGUAUAGGCGGCCACCUUACACAGUUGAAUCUCCCGACGCGAAGAAGGUUGACGGCGAGACUAUUCCUCGUCGAAACAUCAGGGCAAAGGAUGGAUUGCGUGUGACACCUGACCCGGAGACCACAACCAUAUUUGACAUCCUCAAGCGCUCCAGCACCAAGUAUGGCAAUGCUAAAGCUGUGGGAAAGAGAAAGCUCAUCAAGAUGCAUGAGGAGACCAAGAAGGUCAAGAAGAUGGUGGAUGGCAAAGAAGUUGAGCAGGACAAGAAGUGGCAGUAUUUCGAGCUCAGCGGCUACGAAUAUUUGAGCUUUACCGAGUAUGAGCAGCUCGUGCUCAAGGCAGGCUCAGGCUUGCGCAAGCUUGGACUGCAGGCAGCUGAUCGCGUGCACUUGUUCGCGGCCACACAUAUGUACUGGUUGGCAACGGCACAUGGGGCGCACAGCCAGAGUAUGGCUAUUGUGACUGCGUACGACACACUUGGCGAGGAAGGCUUGAAGCACUCUCUAUUGCAGACUAAUGCCAAAGCGAUCUUCCUCGACCCACAUCUGCUCACCAAGCUCAUCAAGCCACUGCAAGAGGCGAAGGAUAUCCAGCAUGUGAUUUAUAACGACGAUGAGGCACCAACCACCAAGGCCGACCCGGAGAAGCUUCAGGGAGACAUCGAGAAGCUGAAGGAAGCGCACCCCCAUCUGUCAGUGCAGAGCUUUAGCGAGCUCAUCAAGAUGGGUGAGGAGAACAUGGUCGAGCCAGUUCCACCAAAGCCAGAGGAUCUAUGCUGUAUCAUGUACACCUCCGGCAGUACUGGUGCCCCCAAGGGUGUCCUACUAACCCAUAGGAACGUGCUCGGCUCUAUUGCUGGUGUCGACUCGAUCGUCGGACAGUACCUUGGCCCGGGUGAUGGUCUGCUCACAUACCUACCACAAGCACAUAUCUUGGAGUUUGUCUUCGAGUCUGCCUGCCUCUACUGGGGAGGCACCAUGGGUUAUGGCAACCCUCGCACAAUCUCCGACGCGAGCAUGCGCAACUGCCGUGGCGACAUCGCGGAGUUCAAGCCUACCAUCCUGGUUGGUGUGCCAGCCGUGUGGGAGACCGUCAAGAAGGGUAUCCAAGCCAAGGUCGAGAAGAUGAACCCGAUUGUCAAGAACAUGUUCUGGGGUGCUUUCACGGCGAAAAGCUUCCUGAUGGCAAACUCUUACGUACCAUUGUCCGGCGUCAGCACGAGCCUGAUGGAUUCCGUAGUCUUCAAGAAGAUUCAAGAAGCUACGGGCGGUCGUCUACGAAUCACGAUGAAUGGAGGUGGACCCGUGGCGAAGGACACUCAGCGUUUCAUCUCGAUGUGCAUCGCACCUAUGAUUAUCGGUUACGGCCUGACCGAAACGGCUGCCAUGGGUGCGCUCAUGGACCCCUUGGCUUGGACCGACUCCUCAAUGGGCGAGAUGCCAUGCUCUGUGGAAGUCAAGCUCGUCGACUUCGCAGACGCUGGAUACUUCAGCACGAACAGCCCACCGCAAGGCGAGAUCUGGAUCCGUGGCGCUUCUGUCGUCAAGGGUUACCUCAACAUGGAGCAGGAGACCAAGGAAUCCUUCACUGAUGAUGGCUGGUUCAAGACUGGCGAUAUUGGCGAGUUCGACUCAGCUGGCUCGCUCAAGAUCAUCGACCGCAAGAAGAACUUGGUCAAGAUGGCGCAUGGUGAAUACAUUGCCUUGGAGAAGCUCGAGUCCAUCUAUCGCAGUUGCCCAGUCGUCGGCAAUAUUUGCGUAUAUGCCGAUCAGAGCAAGAGCAAGCCUGUUGCUAUCGUCGUGCCAGCUGAGCCUGCUCUCAAGAGCUUGGCCAGCAAUAACGGGAUCAAGGGCAGUGGUUUAGAGGACCUUUGCCACAACAAGGAUGUGAAUGCUGCUGUACUGAAGGAGAUGCAGGCAGCUGGUAAGAAGGGUGGUCUGGUUGGUAUCGAGAUGAUCGAGGGUGUUGUGCUCAGUGAUGAGGAGUGGACGCCACAGAACGGUCUCGUCACCUCUGCACAGAAGCUCAACCGCAAGGGAAUCACGGAAAAGUACAAGGACGAAGUCAGCAAGAUCCAGAAGUAG